AUGUCCAUCGCCCGGCCCACUUCAGGCUUGCCCCCCUAUCAUGGCUAUGUCAUAUCUGAGCGCGAGGACCCGCAGGAGACGCAAUCCUGGAUUGCGAUUGAGCCGACAGCAAGAGACUCAGCCCCCUCAACUGCUCACGCCGAGGCCCCACCCAGCUUCACUGAAUCGCGUUUCGACGUGAUUCUGCGCCGACAACGACAGCGUCCUCCUAACGGAGGGCUGAAGCAACCCCUCGUCCCGUCGUCGCGUUUUCUUAAUCUCAGCCCGACAUUCGAGUUUGCCGGUUGGGGCUCUUCCACGCGACUGAAGCUCUCUACCGAGGACCACGCGACGGGAGAGGCGCGUUUGCAGGACAUUCGACGGGGCCGGGUACUUGGACAGUGGCUGGGUUCAGCGAUUCCAGGCAAUGCGGUAUUAGGAAGCGUUUUCUACGCGUUGCCCGCGGUUGUUGUGGUGUCGGGCGUGUACUCCCCCAUCGCAUUCUUCCUCGCGACCAUGACACCAUUUGUGUGGCGGCCGAUUAUGGAAGAGCUCGCGACGGCUUUGCCUAUGAGUGGAGCGCCGUAUUCUUACUUGCUGAAUACUUCCCGCAAGACUCUCGCUCUCGUUGGCGCUACCCUGAUGGUUCUCGACUUCGCAAGCACAUCCGUCGUGUCAGCAGCAACUGCAUCCGCCUGUAUCACUGCCGAAAUACCCUUGUCUGUAUCCCAUCAUCUUCCAGCGGCAGCCCUGGCGCUGCUAAUCCUCUUUGCCUUUGCGGUCAUCUCGCUUUCUGGACUAAAGGAGUCAGCCCGUAUCGCUGCGGUACUGCUUCUCUUCCAUCUCCUGACCAUGGUCGUUCUUGCAAUAAGCGCAUGUGUCCGCUUAGGGCUGAAUAGCGGGGAAGAAGUGGUAUUAGGAGCUAAUUGGCGAAUGGGCAAUGCCGGCCUUGGACCCCGUGGUGUUGUGAGGCAGUUGUUUGACGGGUUUUGUUUGGGGAUGCUAGGGUUGACGGGCUUGGAAUGUAAACUGUCUCCUUACACUGGCUCUUUGAUUGCAUUGGCUCAUUAUCUUCCAGGUGUACCUUCAUAUACCCCAUUCUUCGCCUCCGCCCCUUCCUCUUCAAAACAAGCAACGACGAGUACUUUCUCCCGCGUUCUCCGCAACUUGCAUUACCCCGCUAUCGUCCUUACCACCGGCAUGAUGCUCUUGGUUCUUGCCCUCGUACCUCUCGGUGAACUGCUCACAGUUAAUGGCGGCAGCAGCGGCAAUUUGCUGAGCCUGCUGGCAAAUAGGGCGGGCGGAAGAUGGUUAAGAACCUUGGUAGUUAUCGAUGCGACUGUCGUGUUAUGCGGCGGUGUCUUGACCGGCAUUCUUUCAGCUUGUCAACUUUGCGAACAACUGGCCAAGGAUCGCAUUUUGCCCUCCAUGUUCUUUUCGACCCUCCCAUUUACACAGGCGCCAUACGUCUCCAUUAUUCUGUUUACCAUUCUCUGCGCGGCCUUUUAUGCGAGCGGAGGAAUGAGCACCACCGUCGUCUCCAAAAUGUUCUCCCUCGUCUGGCUAACCCUUAUGGGUGUUUUCCCGUUGGUAUUACUUCUCCUGCGUUUCAACCGCGGUCGCCUACUCCAAUCCGGCCAAACCACCACCAGGACGCGACUAUCCACCAUCUUUUUCGCACUUUUGAUUACCUGCGUGGUGUUCGCAGGAAAUGUCGCUAUCGAUGUAUCGACAGCCAGAUAUUUUGCGGCGUAUCUAUUCGGUGUCCUUCUGGUGUUUGGUGCCACACAGAACCAGGUUAGGAUGCUCAGAGCCGUGUAUUGGGUCUACGACCAGUAUCCUGCUCUACAUGGGCGCUCUCGUCUCGGUCAACGUAUGGUCGGGCUCAUGGGUCGACUACGUCAACAGCCUGUUUGCGUGCUUGUCAAGGGGGAUGAGAUUAACCUGUUGUUGCAUAUGAUCAUCUACGUCCGCGACAACGAGGAGACUUCAUGCAUCAAGCUCGUCCAUUUCUGUGGACGAGGAGACGAAGAAGAUGCCGUUGGUGACGACCAGGUACCCUCCGAACUGGAGGCCAACGCAAAAAUUCUAGACGAAGCCUUUCCCGAGAUAACUAUCGAUCUAAUUAUUGUACAAGACACGUUCAGCAGCAGCUCCGUCGGGGCACUGGCCAAACGGCUGGAGAUCCCGACGGCGCUGAUGUUUAUGCGGUGCCCCGGCCCGCGGUUCCCUGCGUCUGUGGCAGAGAUGGGGGUGCGGAUAAUUUCGAGGUGA